GACAUUGAAGAUGCAACAAAUCGCCAAAAUAUUGCAAUGAUUUUUCGCUUUUUUUUGGAUGCUGCAGCUGUCCUGGUUUUUAGAGCUUUUAUGUUAAAAUGAUGUGAACCUGAACAGAUAAAAAUUGUGGGUCGUAAACACUUGGCUCCCCAACGGGCCAACCACCAUGUGGAAUCUCAUCCUCUACUGUAUUGCUGUGGUCGUGGGGCUCUUCCUCAUUUACCUCUUCGACCCAAAGUCAGAGAAACUCACAGAGGAAGAAAAAGUUGCCAAGAAACGCAAGGAUGAUUACCAGAAGAGUAGUUUCUUUGCCGUACUUGGACUGAGCAAGGAUGAUUUUCUGCAUUUCAAGGCAUUUGAGGAUCACUUUGAGACAUUCCAGGAUGUGAGUCGAGCAUGUAAGCGGGCAGGUUUGGAGAAUGUUAACCUUGUGAUUGGGGUCGACUUUACUGCAAGUAAUGAAUGGCAAGGCAGGAAGACAUUUGGCGGUAACAGCUUGCACAAAAUCGUUGCUGGUAAAACAUAUAAUCCAUAUCAAAAAGUUAUAAGUAUCCUCUCGCAAGCCCUGGAGCCAUUCAUUGCAGAGAAUGCAAUCAGUGCCUACGGUUUUGGCGACUCACACACAACAGACCAGGAUGUGUUCCCUUUCAUCGGUGACGAUAACGAGUGUGGGUCCUUUGAGGACAUCUUGGACAUUUACAACAAAAUUGCAGCCAGAAUAUCUCUGAGUGGACCAACAAGUUUUGCACCUUUGAUCUAUAGAUGUAUUGAGAUGGCAAAAGUAAAGAAACAAUAUCAUAUCUUGGUGAUCAUCGCAGACGGACAAGUAAACGAGGAACAACCGACAAUCAAUGCCAUUGUUGAUGCGUCUGCUUUCCCGAUCAGUAUCAUCGUGGUUGGCGUUGGUGAUGGCCCAUGGGACAUCAUGGAAGAGUUUGAUAAUCAUUUGCCAAGACGCAAGUUCGAUAAUUUUCAGUUUGUUGAUUAUCACAAGGUGACUUUGAAGGCUAAGAAUCCAGAUGCUGCGUUUGCCCUACAUGCUUUGAUGGAGGUGCCGGACCAGUACAAGACAAUCAAGAUGCUGUCAUACCUAACUGGGAAAGAAACAGAUGUUUAGUGUCAUUAUCAUUAUCAAGUUGCAUUAUCAUAAUUAAAAAAUGUUUCCAUGUUUACACAAUAUUUGGGUGUGUGGACAGCAGAUACCCAACUUAAAAAAUCCUUCUCUGUGUUCAAACAACAAACUUUACUUUUACUGUAGGAGUAUUAAAUUGGUGGUGGAAAGUCAUGGGCUACACUACAUAAAAUAUUCACAUUGUAAUUUAUUAUUAGGAAUAGGAUAGAGUGAAAUAUAUUUUUCUAGUCAGAGUAGAUACUUAUAAAAAUUACUGGUACUGGGUUGCUCCACGUCCAACAUUACAUAGGGUGAAUGAGAUCAGAUAGAUAAACAUAGCGUUGGGUGGUGUUGGGAGAAAACUGAGUUUGUCACAUUUGUUGAUUGACACUGAGGUCUUCAAAAAACCUCAAGUAGGCCAUGGUCCAAGUGAACAGCGUUGGAUGGUUAGAGGGGGACAGAAGUCGAGAGCUUUGAGGUCCAAUUGGUAUCAUUGAUAGAUGACUUGCUACUAGUAGAAUGCACAGUUAGGGGUCUCGGAUGUGUUCAUGUGUAUGUAUAUAUCUUUCCAUGUCUUCUCCAUGGGAUGUCUGUAAAUGUCAUAGUGUACCUUUUCUUGCCAUACAUGUGCAUCUCCCUAUACAUGACAGAAUUUCUGCAGUCCAGUUUUGAAGUAUGUGGUUGUUUUCCACUGUUAUUAGUGUGAGUGUUUUGACAUAGGUGAUAUUGUUGUAGAUUACUUUGAUACAACUAGGUAUUGUGUUGUGCAUGUAUAUGAAAGGGGAUAGAGGCAGGAGCUUGGAGGUCAAAUUAAAAGUCUUCAGGUGACUAUUGUACGCAUCUAAAUAGGAAAUCAGGGGCCUGUGUUGUUUUUGUAUGUUCCUUGUACAAGCGUGAAUAGUUUUGAUGUACUGUGAGAUAGGAGAGACUCCUAUCAGCGACUUAGUGUAACUUAAUCUGACCUACCUGGCUGCUACCUUUAGUCUCCCUUUAAAAACUAGCUCAGUUUUCUAUCUGUCCACGUGAAUUUUAUAUGUCUAGACUAUUUCAGUCCCGCAAUCUGGUCUAUCAUUUUGGGAGAUUGAUAUCCUUGUGAUUUUCUCAUAUCAUAUAAUUAGCUGUGAUUCUACUUUUCUUAUAAAUCCUUUUUGAUUCCACUAUUUAACAUGUGUACUUAUGAUGGCAUUGACUUAAAAACUGUAUGCUUUGUUUUAUAGUUUAUAGCGCUGAAUUUGAGGAAUUUCUCGAGAUAAUGCCCUAAUGAUAAUUACAAAGUUCCUGAGCAAAGGUUGGUUCUUGGACACAUUUUGAAGAUAGUUGAAACAGUUACUUCAUAAACAAUUUUUUCGAUACUUUUGGAUGUACAACUGUAGUGCCACAUCUACAUGAACUCUGUGGCAAUUAUUUGUGCUAGCCCGGCAUCUUGUGGCACUCCUCUUUUGAGUUUCGCACAAACUGUAAUGCAAUGAGUUGCUAUUUAGCAUUUAGCCACGAUACUAGUGGUCUUUGCUGUGAUUCUCUGUGUUAGGCCUGCUCUUUACAUUCUGUCUCCAGUAUUUGCAAGGCUCUAAAUAUUUGCUUUGGGUAUUCUAUCUGUAGGGCUGAUCUGAUGUCUUAGUUUUCUGUGAUAAAUUGCAUUUGAUUUAAGUAGUCGAAUGUAGGUUGAGAGAGUUAUCAUUUGUAAGAGGCUGUUUUUAGUAUCUCUUCACAACACACUUCCACAACAAAUAAAGGCUUAUUCUUGAGGACUUUUAUUUACCAUGUUAUCUUACAUUAACAAUUAUUAGGAGGAAAUCAGUGGGGUUUUUUAACUGAUUGUCUUGAUAUGGUCCUAUCAACUGUCUCUGGGUUACUUAAAACAAUGUCUGGUUGACUUAGUGAUUAAAAAGUUUCUUGUACAACUGGCUAAAUGAUGCCAGUAGUGGUGGAGGUGAAUAGUGCCUGUCUGGGAUAGUGGACACCAAUAUUUUUGGCAUUGACAACUUCAGAUACUUUCUUUUUUCAUUCUCAAUCUUAGUCUAUUACAAUUUUAUUCACAUCGAUUCACUAUUACCGUUAUAUGAACCAAGUGUAGAUGGUGUGGGACAGUUCAAUCACUUGUAGUGUUUAUUUUUCAAAAUAUAUUUA